AUGCUGUAUCUCGUCGGUCUCGGCUUGGCGGACGAAAAGGACAUCACUGUCAAGGGCUUGGAUAUCGUGAAGAAGGCGGAGCGCGUCUACCUCGAGGCGUACACGGCGGUGCUGCUGGUGGAGAAGGAUGUGCUUGAAGCUUUCUAUGGCCGCGAAGUCAUCAUAGCCGACCGCGAAAUGGUCGAGUCGUCCAGCGACGAUAUCCUCAAAGAUGCUGAUAAAGUCGACGUCGCAUUCCUCGUCGUAGGCGAUCCAUUCGGAGCGACCACACACACCGACCUCGUCCUCCGCGCCCGCGAACUCUCUAUCCCCACCCGCUCCAUCCCCAACGCCAGCAUCCUGACCUCGAUCGGCACGACCGGCCUGCAACUCUACAACUUUGGGCAAACAGUCUCCAUGGUCUUCUUCCUUGACAACUGGAAGCCCGCUUCCUUCUACGACCGCAUCAAGGAGAACGUCUCCAUCGGCCUACACACGCUCGUCCUCCUCGACAUCAAGGUCAAGGAGCAGAGUCUGGAGAACAUGGCGCGCGGACGCAAGAUCUACGAGCCGCCGCGCUACAUGACUGUUGCGCAGUGCGCGCAGCAGAUGCUGGAGAUUGAAGAGGAUGUCAAGCAGGAGGGUGCUUACACCAAGGAGAGUCUGGCUGUGGGUGUUGCGCGGGUUGGUGCUGAGGAUGAGAAGAUCGUCGCUGGAACAUUGGCACAGCUGUGUGAGGCGGAUCUGGGGAAGCCGCUGCACAGUCUGGUGCUACUGGGUCGACGGACACACGACCUUGAGAGGGACUUCCUCGAGGAGUUCGCUGUGGAUAAGGAGAAGUUCAGGGAGGUCUGGAAGAGAGACUACGAGGGCAAGCAAUGA